AUGGGCUCAAAAUGUCCCACUAAGCCCAUCGCCAGAUGUUUCCUAAUCAGCCCACCUGAAAAAGUUCAACCUUACCUUUUUCAUGGACAACCAUCUCCGCCGUGGCGACCGCGACGGCGACGGCGAGCCGGAGAUUCCGGACCUCACGGAAAUCGGAGACCCGAACCCGAAUUCGGACUCCAGGCCCGAUAUCUCAUCGGACAAGGACGAGAAGCUCGAAACCAUGGACCAGUAAUCCGCCGUCGCCUCGUCCUCCGGCACCUCAACCGCCUCCACGUCCCACACGAUCCAGCCGUUGGUGGCGGCUCCGGCGUGCGAGCUGUCGUGCGUCACCGAAUUCCUCCACGGCGGCGUCCCGCCGUUGGCCCGCAGGUACUUUCCCCCAAACCCCCUCAGUCGCACCUGGAACCCGUCCCUAAUCGGCUCCCACUCGAUCUCCGAAUUCCACGCGCCGCCGUCCUCCGUGUCUGGAGCACCUUGUGGCCGGUCAUCCCCAGCAAGAAGGGCUCGCUCGAGGCCCGGUUGUGGCAGCUCUUGAGGCGGACGGCGCGGGGGUUGUCGUCGACGAGCUCCACCAGCCACCGCGCCUUUCUGGCGGCGCCGUUGCUGCUCUGCCGUGUGGAAAUCUGGUCGUCUCCGGCGACUAGGUACUUGUUCAGGUGGCUUUUGAGCCUUACGGCCUUGGUUUUGGUGAAAAACUCCAUGGGA